UGAAUCAUAUAAUUUAGCAAAUGAAAUUAAUGCUAGAGCAAAAACAAAAUAUGAUACAAAAAACAAAUUACAUGAGAAAAAGUUAUUAAAGUUAUGGGAAUUAUUGAUGCCUGAUGAAGUUUUGCAAAAUCGUUACGGUGAACAAUGGACCAAAAUCGGUUUCCAAGGAAAAGAUCCUUCAACAGAUUUUCGUGGAAUGGGAAUGCUUGCUCUAGAUGAUUUGGUUUACUAUGCUAAAAAUCAUCCUAAAUCAGCACGUCAUGCAUUAAGUUGUUCUUAUCAUCCUAUUUCAUG